UACGCGGGUGGAAAGAUGUUUUGUUCGGGUGUCCUGACAGAGCCGAGUAGGAAAGAAGUGGAGCUCAGGGAAGCGGCAUCUCUCCGGCAGCAGAGGAGGAUGAAGCAGGCAGUUCAGUUUAUUCACAAGGAUUCUGCAGAUCUCCUCCCUUUGGAUGGGCUGAAGAAGCUGGGGACUUCAAAAGACACUCAACCACAUAAUAUCCUGCAGAAGCGCCUGAUGGAGACAAAUUUAUCAAAACUAAGAAGCAGCCGGGGCAGCUGGACUCCAAAGAGUGAUAACUCAGUGCAGACCAACAACCUGAAUCAAACUAAUCUGGGCAGCUCAUGGAAAAUGGAGGAUGAGGAGCUCAUAGUGGUGAGCUGCCAGUGUGCAGGGAAGGAGCUGAAGGCUGUGGUGGACACUGGCUCGCAGCACAACCUCAUGUCAUCAGCCUGCCUGGACAGGCUAGGGUUAAAGGAGCAUCUGAAAGCACUCCCAGGUGAAGAUGAGAUGAUGGCUUUACUGCCCUACAAGGCCAAGGUGCUUGGGCAGAUCGAGUGCCUGUCCCUGAUGGUGGGAGCAGUCCCCGUGGAGUGCUCUGCCUUUGUCCUGGAAGAGAAUGAGAAACCCUUCUCUUUUGGGCUGCAGACACUGAAAUCUCUGAAGUGUGUCAUAAACAUGGAGAAGCACCACCUCAUUCUGGGGAAGACGGACAGGGAAGAAAUCCCAUUUGUGGGCAGGGACAGCACUGUGGCAGGAGAGCACAGCUUGGAGGCAUAA